AUGGAAACUCUUGUACAUCAAAAUGUACCUGUGAUUUGCUUUUGUGCCUUGUCAGCGUUCGUUGUGGGAUUAAGUGGAAUUGUCCCACUAUUUUUUAUUCCCCUCACAACAGCAAAACAUUUAGAUCCCAAAGGAUUGAAGUCCCUGAAUCGUUGGCUGAGCUACGCAGCGGGAAGUUUGCUUGGCGAAGUUUUCAUCCAUCUCUUACCCGAGAUUUGGUCUAGUCACACUAGUAUGUUCUUUGUAUUUUCCUUGAAAAAUCAAAAUGUCACUGCUUUAGAUACCAAUCUUCUUUCCCUCAAAUGUCUAGUAGCUGGAUUGUUAUUUUUCUUCACUGUCGAAAAAAUAUUCGCACAGGAUACAGGAACCAAACAGGUGGACGGAUACCUAAACCUGUUUGCGAACAUCAUUGAUAAUUUUACUCACGGGAUCGCCAUCGGGGGAAGUUAUUUGGUGUCGUUCCGCCUCGGUCUCGUGACCACUCUCUGUAUUCUUAUUCACGAGAUUCCACACGAGAUGGGAGAUUUUGUCAUUCUCUUACGGAGUGGAUUCACUCGUUGGCAAGCUGUAAAAGGACAACUAACAACAGCUUCUGGAUGCCUGUUUGGUGCUAUGCUAGCAUUGGCUUUGAAUAACACGCCUUCAGGCUGGUCGGCUGAAUGGAUCCUACCGUUCACAUCCGGUGGUUUCCUGUAUAUCGCACUGGUUUCCCUCAUUCCUGAUCUACUUAAAGAGGGUUCGGCCAGGGAAUCACUGGUCCAUGUUAUCCUAAUCCUGCUGGGUCUCACCACCAUGUUAGUGAUGGCUAUGGCACUGGAUUAAUCGAACUACGAAACCCUACGUCUGGAACUUUUGAUUUCGCACCAAACCACGGUCCAGAGCUGGUUUGAAAAUUGUAUUUGUUGACUUCAUAUUCUUGUUUUUUCUACAUUGUCAGCUGAUUACUUCUGAUGGAUAGGACGUUGUUUAUGUGAAUAUGACGAAAUCCGAGGACUCCUUUUUUUCCUUUCAUGAUUUUUAUGCCGGUACUGCGUUCCCAUGUCCGGC